CAAAAAAACAAACCAUCCCAAGUGUUCCCAACUAUCCAAAACACAUAAACAAAUAUGGCUCCUUCAACAAAAGUUCUCUCUUUACUUCUCUUAUAUGUCGUCGUUUCAUUAGCCUCCGGUGAUGAAUCCAUCAUCAAUGACCAUCUCCAACUUCCAUCGGACGGCUGGUGGAGAACCGAUGAAGAAGUGAGGUCCAUCUAUUUACAAUGGUCCGCGGAACACGGGAAAACCAACAACAACAACGGUAUCAUCAACGACCAAGACAAAAGAUUCAAUAUUUUCAAAGACAACUUAAAAUUCAUCGAUCUACACAACGAAAACAACAAGAACGCUACUUACAAGCUUGGUCUCACCAAAUUUACCGAUCUUACUAAUGAUGAGUACCGCAAGUUGUACCUCGGGGCAAGAACCGAACCCGCCCGCCGCAUCGCUAAGGCCAAGAAUGUCAACCAGAAAUACUCAGCCGCCGUAAACGGCAUGGAGGUUCCAGAGACGGUUGAUUGGAGACUGAAAGGAGCCGUUAAUCCCAUCAAAGACCAAGGAACUUGCGGAAGUUGUUGGGCGUUUUCGACUGCUGCAGCAGUAGAAGGCAUAAACAAGAUCGUAACAGGAGAACUCAUAUCUCUAUCAGAACAAGAACUAGUCGACUGCGACAAAGCAUACAAUCAAGGUUGCAACGGCGGUUUAAUGGACUACGCUUUUCAAUUCAUCAUGAAAAACGGUGGCUUAAACACCGAGAAAGACUAUCCUUACCGUGGAUUCGGCGGCAAAUGCAAUUCUUUCUUGAAGAAUUCUAAAGUUGUGACUAUUGAUGGGUACGAAGAUGUUCCUACGAAAGACGAGACUGCGUUGAAGAGAGCAAUUUCAUUGCAACCGGUUAGUGUAGCUAUUGAAGCCGGUGGAAGAAUUUUCCAACAUUACCAAACCGGAAUCUUCACCGGAAAUUGUGGUACGAAUCUUGAUCACGCGGUGGUUGCGGUUGGGUACGGGUCAGAGAACGGUGUUGACUAUUGGAUUGUGAGGAACUCUUGGGGUCCACGUUGGGGUGAGGAAGGUUACAUUAGGAUGGAGAGAAAUUUGGCGGCUUCUAAAUCCGGUAAGUGUGGGAUUGCGGUUGAAGCCUCGUACCCGGUUAAGUACAGCCCAAACCCGGUUCGUGGAAGUAUCAGCAGUGUUUGAGAAUGAAGACGCUCGAUAAAAAAUAUUUGGGAUUCUUAUGAAUUAUAAUUGAAUUUAAUCUCGUACUAUUAUUGUUUGUAUGUAUAGUUAUUUCAACAGAAAAAAGUAGUUGAUUCAUCAUAAGGAUAUAAACUUUAUAAAUCCUU